AUGCCAUCCACCAUCAGUCAUGUGGCGACCUACCAUCCCAACGAAUACAUCCAGACUGCGAUGACAGGCAACAAAGUGUCAAGGAAAGCGACCAUUCUAGGCUCCCAAAAUAUUAUUCUAGGUGGAAAGUGCAUCAUACAACAUGGCGCCAUCAUCCGAGGCGAUCUGAAGCGAAUCACAGCAUCAUCAAGCUCAACAGGCGCCGCUGGUGGCCAAGCUCAGCCGACGCAGUCGGUGGCAAUCUACAUCGGAAGAUAUUGCCUGCUAGCCGAGUCGAGCGUAAUACGGCCUCCUUACAAGACCUACAAAGG